AUGGCCGACGCAUCGGACUCUGCGCGCUACGCCAAGGCGCCGCACCUGUGGGCGCUGGGCGUGGGCGCCGUCGUGAGCGGCGACUUCUUCGGCUGGCAGUCGGGCCUCGUGGCGGCUGCUCAUCAUCCUGGCGCUCGUCACGCCAAUCCCCACUUUCUUGCAACGAACUUGGGGAUGAUACGACUAGAAAUUCUGCAGGCCGUGGGGCGCAAGCUCAAGACGGGCAAGGGCGCGACGUUCAAGGCGACGGUCUACACAAGGUUCGACGCGACCCGAGACGACAGCGUGGACCUGCUCCCGUUCGAAGUGCCUCCACUGGAGCCUCCUCAGAAGAUGAGCCCGAUGCCAGGAGGGGCGCUGCGUUGUCACUGGGGCCGUUCCUCAUACAGCGCCGUGCUAUCACUCUGGCCGCUCCACGUGAUCCUCGCCGUGCUGCCUCUGGAGCCGUUCUCCAUGCGGCACGUACACCACCCGUGCGACGACGUCGUGCAUGGCCAAGCUGGGCCGCUCAAGACGUGA